GACUGCUCCGUGGGUAUCUCUUAAGAUCUGGCCAUCCUGAAUCAUGAAGAUCCAGCUGCUUGUCUCUACAGGGAUCUUAUUGGUUGCUCUCCAGCCCUGCCAUGAGUGCAGAACCCUCAGCAAGGGAGCCCCGGCCGCUCCCGCCGCCAGUAGCGCUCUGCAGCAGCAGGAUUUCCAAGAACAACCCCAAUCGCUCCCCGUAUUGCUCCGCAUGGGAGAAGAAUAUUUCCUGCGCUUGGGCAGCCUUCGGAAGAACCCCGCUGCUGCUCCCGCCGGCGGAUCCGGAUCCUUCUCCUCCACUGCCAGCACGAGCACCAGCAGCAGCCACCUAGCCGCGUCCGCAUCCGCGUCCGCGGGCAACUUUUUCCGAGCCGUCGUCCAACAGCUGCAGCAGCUGCAGCACUUCCAAGAACGCUCGUUAGAGGGCGCCCCCGACUCCUGGGACGGCGAAGACGACGGCGCCUACCUACAGGCCACGGAGAAGGAGAAACGAUCCGAGGAGCCGCCGAUCUCCUUGGAUCUGACUUUCCACCUCCUCCGAGAAGUCUUGGAGAUGGCCCGCGCGGAGCAGUUGGCGCAGCAGGCUCAUAGCAACAGGAAACUGAUGGAAAUCAUCGGGAAGUGA